GGUUGGAAGGCUGAUUGCCAUUUGGCGAAAUGCUGACGACAUGGCCUUUACGCCUAUUAUCGGGGAGGAGGGAGGAGAAGAGGAGGAAGCCGAGAUUGACAGCUCGAUCCUUGCCAGCUUUGUCGACAACCAGGUACCACCUGACGAAGCUAUCAUUAGCCUUGCAAAACACGUUUUCCCAGACUGCAAGGCCAUUACUUGGAUAGUAAACUACCUGGUUAUCGAGUUCCCGAAGACAGACAAGCAAGAGUUUAAAGACCGCCUUGAGUUACUCCCAAGUUCGACUAAAGAUGCGCCAUUUCACUUGCGAUUCCAUAAUGGUCCUCUCCCCAAUCGCGUCUUAAUUACAGUUGGCUUGAGACUCGGUAACAUUCAGAAUAAACCAAGGGGCUCCGUCAUCCUAGGCGGCUUCUCUCUGCAACUGUUAUACGGGAAGAGGCAGACAUAGCACGGCUUAGUAAUAGUUUGUCCUUAGAUCCCUUGGUCCCUGUAUGUUGUAGCCAAUGCAUGGCAAGACUCAGUUCCUGCUAAUAAGUGAACCUACUCAGUCACGCCUGAUAUAUACAGUGGCACCCGUAAAUCUCUCCUUCGGCUCAAGAGUGGUGAGUUCACUAUAGUGAUCUCGAAUCAUAUCGAUCAGGCGGGACGACUCGGGAUCGGUGCUAGCCAGGGUUAGUCGGUUACUGAGGUUUAGGUGGAAUGGAUUCUACGUAGGGGCACGAGCUACUUACGCGCAUCCUGGGUUGAACGAUGGAUGUAAUGCGUGCCAGAAAGCAGUGGCCUCGUCUUCAUCCCACACAGUGUUCCAUAUCAGGACAGCCGGCCGAGCGAUGUCUGCGAUUAUCUGUCGGACGGGAAUGUCCGGGGCGAACGAUACGAC